UAGGCCUUUCUGUCCGUAAUGGUAUUUUCGUUGAAGUGAGCAAGUGUUUUCUGCAGAGAUCUAUGCAACAAAAAUUUAUAAUUAGUUUUUUAGCUAUUUGUUCAGUGUUAUAUUAAAGACAGUUUACUUUUCGGAAUCCAGAAUAUUCGUUCAAAAAUGCUGCAUCGGUUUUUUGACUUAGGCUAACAAUUUGUCGUGUACAUUGGGAGUGUAUGAAAGUUGUCUUUCCAAAAAGACUAGGCAAGAGUAUAAGCCAAUAGAUUAAUUUGCAUUGGCUACUUGUCAAAAUGAUGAAAAGUGGGCAUCCAAAGAAAGAAGGCAAGAUGCGUAUAAGAGCAUUUCCUAUGUCCAUGGACGAAAAGUAUGUAGAAAGUAUAUGGACAUUAUUGAAGAACGCUAUACAAGAGAUACAGAAGAAAAACAAUUCUGGGCUCAGUUUUGAAGAGUUGUACAGGAAUGCGUACACAAUGGUACUCCACAAAUAUGGCGAGAGACUAUACACCGGACUGAAAGAAGUGGUCACUCAACAUCUCGAGUUAAAGGUGCGAGAGGAUGUUUUGAUAUCAUUGAACAACAAUUUUCUACAAACCCUGAAUCAUGCUUGGAACGACCACCAAACAUCAAUGGUUAUGAUCCGAGAUAUACUCAUGUACAUGGAUAGAGUAUACGUGCAACAGAAUGAUGUAGAUAAUGUUUACAAUCUAGGACUAAUUAUAUUUAGAGAUUUGGUUGUCCGAUAUGGUUGCAUCCGGGACCAUCUACGAGACACACUGCUGGGGCUGGUGAUGCGUGAGAGGAGGGGCGAGGUUGUCGACCGCAUUGCCAUUAAGAACGCCAGCCAGAUGUUGAUGGUUCUGGGUAUUAAUAGCCGAGCCGUUUACGAGGAGGAUUUUGAACGUCCAUUCCUGCAACAGUCUGCAGAAUUUUACAGAAUGGAGAGCCAAAAGUUUCUUGCAGAAAACAGUGCGUCAGUGUAUAUAAAGAAGGUGGAGGCACGGAUCAAUGAAGAGGCAGAGAGAGCUAAACAUUACCUUGACGAGUCCACUGAAUCUCGCAUCGUUGAAGUUGUAGAAGACGAACUAAUUAAGAAACAUAUGAAAACAAUUGUGGAGAUGGAGAACUCUGGUGUGGUUCAUAUGCUGAAGAACCAGAAGACAGAGGACCUGGCGUGUAUGUACAAGUUGUUCAGCAGAGUGUCCGACGGCCUCAAGACAGUGUCCGAUUGUGUCAGCCAUUACCUUAAAGAACAAGGCAAGAUGUUGGUGAAGGAAGAAGAGGGUGGCACCAACGCCAUAAACUUUGUUCAGAACCUGUUGGACCUAAAGGACAAAUUAGAUCAUUUUCUACAUAAUUCAUUUAACAAUGAUAAGUUAUUCAAACAGAUGAUAGCUUCGGACUUUGAAUACUUCCUGAACUUGAAUCCCAAGUCACCAGAGUAUUUGUCACUAUUUAUUGAUGACAAAUUAAAGAAAGGAGUCAAAGGGAUGACAGAGCAAGAGAUAGAGAGUGUCCUGGAUAAGACAAUGGUCCUAUUCAGAUUCCUACAGGAGAAGGAUGUGUUCGAGCGAUACUACAAACAACACCUUGCCAAGAGAUUGCUGCUCAACAAGUCUGUCAGUGAUGACAGUGAAAAGAACAUGAUCUCGAAGUUAAAGACUGAGUGUGGGUGCCAGUUCACAUCUAAGCUGGAAGGUAUGUUCAAGGACAUGACCGUCUCCAACACAAUAAUGGAGGAGUUCAAAGAACAUGUCCUAACGUCCGGGGCCAACCUGCACGGUGUGGACCUGAGUGUGAGAGUGUUAACGACAGGCUUCUGGCCGACGCAGAGUGCUACUCCCAAGUGUAGCAUUCCCUCCGCCCCACGUAACGCCUUUGAAGCUUUCCGCAGGUUCUACCUGGCCAAACACAGUGGUCGCCAGCUGACCUUGCAACCUCAGCUGGGCUCGUCAGACCUUAAUGCUGUGUUUUUCGGACUGCGGAGGGAGGAGGGUGAAGGCAGAGACGGAGCCAGCUCCUCGACAGGCUCUCGAUCCUCCUCCUCACCUCGCAAACACAUCAUACAGGUCUCCACUUACCAGAUGUGCGUACUGAUGCUCUUCAACAACAGGGAUAAACUCACGUAUGAGGAGUUACAAAAUGAGACUGACAUCCCUGAAAGAGACCUGAUCCGAGCUCUGCAGUCGUUGGCUCUGGGAAAAGCUUCACAGCGAAUUCUCAUCAAAAAUCCAAAGUCCAAGGAAAUUGAGCCAAGUCAUGUCUUCUAUGUGAAUGAUUCAUUCACGUCAAAACUACAUAGAGUAAAAAUUCAAACAGUAGCUGCUAAAGGAGAGUCAGAACCAGAAAGGCGUGAGACUAGGAAUAAGGUAGACGACGAUCGUAAACAUGAAAUAGAAGCAGCAAUCGUCAGAAUAAUGAAAGCUAGAAAGAAAAUGCCUCACAACAUACUAGUUACGGAGGUAACGGAACAACUGAAGAGUAGAUUUAUGCCUUCUCCAGUGAUAAUAAAGAAGCGAAUAGAAGGGCUAAUCGAACGUGAAUAUCUAGCCCGGACACCUGAAGAUAGAAAAGUCUACACGUACGUCGCUUGAAACAUUGGAUUGGUGGAAAUGAGAAGUGCUCCAACUAUGUGUGACACGUCACCUCGAGUCUGGGUCGACCGUGCAACCUUCACGCUAUUCACUUGUUACACUAAGACAAUGAUUAAUAAAGAAAAGAUUUUGUUGUGGCCGCGUCCUGUUUAUUUAUGUUAAUCGAGUACACAAGUCUCGUUGUCUCGGACCAAGUCUUGACUUGAACAUUUGGUUUUAAACCACCUAAUUUGUUAUUGUUUUUAUAAAUUAUACAGCGUGCUGCAUUUGUCACAGUAAUGAUUGUGAUAUGUCAAAGUGUAUUGUAGUAUUUAUUAUUAAUUGAUUUUGUACAUAAUAGAAUACAGUAAAUAUUUUGUACAUUGUUCUGCACUUUUUUCAUCACUUUUCCGUUACUAUAUUUAUUCUAUUGGUUAGGAUUAAGGUUUUAUGUAGGUCGAUCCCGUCUGUUAGAUUUUUUAGUUAAGUAAUUUUAAGAAAAAUCAAGCUGAUUAUAAAUUUAUGGAUAAAUACUAUAUUAAGUUAUUGUAUCGGAUCUUAAAGGAAUUACCAUGCCUUAUCAUUAAAAAAAUUAUAUUUGUAAGAAUUAUAAGCAUAAUUAUUUGUUAUCAAUUGUUGAAGAGUCUGUUCCUGAAAAGAAGGACUCCAUCUAUUACUGUACACUAAUAUGCCCAUCUGAUAGUUAAACUGUUGAGUUGGAAAAAAUUAAAAUAACGACAAAGUUCCUAUAUGCCAGAGUGUCAUUACUUAUAAUUUAGGCAAAUAAUAAAGUUACUCGUAACUGUCCAUUUCAAUUUCUGCAUGCCGUUUAGCUCUAUAUAUUAUAGCUGUGCUAUACAAUUUUAGUAGUACUUGUUAAUUAAUGAAGUAACUAUUUUUUUUUAACUGACUUGUUCAUUGUCUAUCUGUGAUCCAGUCCAUUUCGGCUGUAGCCUAAAGGGACUGUACUAUGACUUGUUUUAAAUUUAGUUUCUUCAUAUUAACUUUUUAUUCAAGGUUCUGUUGUGUUUUAACCAUAAUAAUUUGGAAUCUAAUUCUAAACUUGGUUGAAUUUAUAACAUUAUAAUGCACAUAAUUUACAUGUAGAGAUAUAUGUUCUGUCAAAAAGUUAAAUAUUUGUCUAUUCACAUUAAAAACCCAAAAAUGAUUAUUGGCUCAUUCUUUAGCUUAACCAAAUACAUAUUACUGUUCAACUCAAGGCAUGGUCUGACUACUUUAUUUUUAAGGAUGGGAACAAAUUCCAAUUUGUGGAUUGUGACAUUUUUUUAAUAGAAGUAAAUUAUAAAUUCAUUUCUAUAUUGUUUAUCAUUCAGUUAUUUCUUCUAUAACAUAAAACCAUAUUGUAAAUAAAGUGUUUUCGGUUUUUAUAUUAUA